CGUGAUGUUAGCCAUCCGGAUACGACGACAUCGUCCGCAACCCAAUCCAUUUUGCUGAAAGAUCGACGACCUCAUGCGCGAGCUCAUGCUCCAGCUGCACCACGUUCGGCCAUCCGUGCUGGAGAAGCUCAUCGCAUUGGGCCUUGACCGAAUCGAGCUCGGAUCGUCGCCGCUGCGGCUUCAUGGCAACACGCUAGCUGACGCAUGCGCACUCCUGGACUGUACCACGUCCAAGCGCCUGCGCAACGGAUGGUCUGCUGUCUUUGAGUCGACUUGCGACGGCGUCACAGUGGCAACGACUGCGAGCCAGACGUGCGCUCACUACGGUGCAGGCGUGCACGACGGCGUGGCGCACAUUGGCGCCCGUCCGUAUGCGCUGACGCAUGGCAUGGUCGUGACGCUCGUUGAGACGCCUCAUAUGACUUCCGCGACGUCCCUGAUGGCGUUCUGCGAGCAGUGA